AUGAGUGGAGGAUCUCAAGUUCACAUUUUUUGGGGUGCUCCAGUCAGUCCACUGGAAAUGACAGUCUCACAGGAACCAACUUCUUUAGCGUCCACUGCUGAGACCUGGAAAGAAAUUCAGGUUUUGUACAAUCACCAUUCCUUAAAGCUGAAGGAUGAAAAAUGCAGGCACAAAAAUCUCGAGGACUAUCAGGCCCUCAGACCUCUGGGCCUUCCAGAUCUUCCUCAUGGUCAUUUUCCAACAAAUUCUAUGAGCAGAUCUGUUCACAUGAAGGAUGACACCACACAUUGCAUUUCUGAAACACAAACUGUAAAGUCCCAGAAGAGUUACCUCUUGGGAAUGAGUGAUAGAACCAGCUCCAGUGAGCAAAUAUGUGGAUUUACGGGAGGAGUUCAGCAUAUUACUGAAGAAGAAAAGUAUCAAAAUCUUUCCAGUGAACUUAAGAAAACCGCAAAUGAACAGCAUGAUCAAUCAAACAUAUGUGAUGUCACUAUCCAUGAGGAUCACUGGAUUGGUGAGACAGUACUGCAAUCAACAUUUACCAGUCAGUUAUUAAAUCUUGGGAGUUAUUCAUCUGUCCAGCCCGAAGAAUAUUCCAGUAUGAUUAGUAAUGUUGUACUUCAAGACUUACUGGCAUAUGUAUCUUCAAAACAUUCCUAUCUCAGAGAUCUUCCUCAGAGGCAUCCUCAGAAAAUGAGCAGUAUAGAAUUUAUAGAGUUGGAGCAGCUUCAGCCAGACAUUUUAGUCCAUGCAGUUCUAAGAGUUAUUGAUAUCACUGUACUGACAGAGGCGUUAUACAGUUAUAGAGGGCAGAAGCAAAGGAAAGUUAUGUUAACAGUGGAACAGACCCAAGGUCAACAUUAUGUGCUUGUAUUAUGGGGUCCUGGAGCAGCCUGGUACCCUCAACUUCAAAGGAAAAAAGAUUAUAUUUGGGAAUUUAAAUAUCUUUUUGUUCAGCGGAAUUGCAUCCUAGAGAACCUAGAAUUGCAUACAACACCAUGGUCAUCCUGUGAGUGCCUGUUUGAUGAUGAUAUAAGAGCAAUUACAUUUAAAGCAAAAUUUCAAAAAAACACACCCUCCCUUGUGAAGAUGUCAGAUUUAGCAACACACCUAGAGGAAAAGCGUUCAGGAGUGAUUCUAAUCAAAGCCCAGAUUUUAGAGCUAGUGUUUCCCAUUACAGCAGUUCAGAAAAUAGCUCUAAAUGCUCGCAGUUCUCUGAAGAGUAUUUUUUCUUCUCUUCCCAAUAUUAUAUACACUGGCUGCGCAAAAUGUGGAUCAGAACUACAAACAGAUGAGAACAAGAUCUACAAACAAUGUUUUAGCUGCUUGCCAUUUACUAUGAAGAAAAUACACUAUAGGCCAGCUUUAAUGACCAUAGUUGAUGGAAAAUAUAAGGUCUGCAUCCAUGUGGGAUCAAAGCUGAUAGAGAAGAUUCUUCUCAACAUUUCUCCUGACUGGCUCCACAGAGUAAUAGUCCCUCCCUCUGAUGUCACCUACGGAAUGGUCGCCGCGGACCUGCUCCAUGCCUUGCUGGCGGGCAGCGGGGCACCUUGUGUCCUGAAGGUGCAGAGCCUCUUUGUGUUGGAUGAGAACAGCUACCCACUGCAGCAGGACUUCUCCCUCCUGGAUUUUUAUCUCAACAGCUUGAAGCAUGCAUCCCAGUCCUUCUCUGAGACCAGAGGAAGAAAAUGCAGGCGCUUUGAGGAAGAGCACUGA